UGGAGGCAGAAAUCGUUUGGGGCAGUACACCCGCUCCACCUGCAGGGGUCAAUCGAACAUGUUUCGGCGUAUCCACGAAGAAGAGAGAGAACUUCUCCUGUAGCGCUGUUAGCGGCUUACUUUUGACAAUGUGCUGGAAGGCUACAGAUAAGUUUGGUGGCUGGCAGCAGUGACCAUGGUGUGUUUCCGUAUUCUGUUCCUGCUGGUACUCCUCUCUCAGGUCCAAGAAUCAACCCAGGCCUUCGAGGAGUUUUCCGUGCCUGACGAAUGGGUCCUGCUUCACGUUGUCCAAGGCCAUGUCGGCGCGGGAAACUACAGCUACCUGCGGCUCAACCACGAUGGACGCAUCGUUCUGCACAUGCUCAGCCUUAAAGGCGACGCCGACCUCUACGUCUCGGACAAGACGCUGCGCCCAGAUUUCGAUACCUAUAAGCUUCAGUCGGCAACCUGUGGCCAUGACGUGGUCGUGGUUCCCAACGACUUCGUUAGACCGGUGGGCAUCGGGAUCUACGGGCACCCGUUUUACCUGGAGAGCGAGUUCGAGAUGAGAGUGUUUCACGAUCAGACCGCGUUAACCGAGGAUCUGUUUGAAAAGGAUUUGUAUUCUUCAGAGCAAAAUCACGAACAGCCCAAAUACCCACAGCCGGGCACUGGGGAGGAGUUUGAUGACGAGGAGCCCAUCCUGUGGACCAUUCUCAUCGGGAUCCUGAAGAUAAUACUUGAAAUUUUGUUUUGAUUAUCGGUCUGAUUUCUGCCGUUAGGAUUAGUGUCUUAGAAAAGAGCAGUGAAAUACGUGAGUAAGACACGCACUGAGGAAAUUUUAAUCCAGGCCUCAUCUCGGGGUCUUAGUAGAAAUUAAAUGAACUGUUUAAUCAGAAGCUUCUGCUCAUCUUUCCUUUUGGUUUCAUUUAACCGGUGUAAGUGUUCGCUUAUGUACGGUUUGUUCCACCGAUUGUGCGUUCUGUUCCGUUGUUAAUGUACGACAUACUGAUCAUUUGGAAUCUGCUGAGGUUCUGAGCCCUAUGCAAUCACCUGAUUCAGCUUUUUGGAAGCAUAACACCUGUGCCUUUUUUUUGUCAGAGUCAUUUUCUUAAGAAAUGGGGGAGGCAUGAUACGAUGCAACCAUAACAUUUGUAACAUUUUCAAAUAAAGUCGCACUUCAAAAUUG